AUGAAGAUUUAUUUAAUUUCAUAUGUUGUUCCUAUUCUUGUAUAUUUAUUAUAUAUAUUGUUGAAUAAUCAAAAAGGCCUAUCGAAAUAUAACAAUUACAUAAAUUCAAAGCUAAAUGAUGUAUUAUUAUUUUUUAAUAUAUAUGAAAUAAAAUUCCCAAAUAGUUAUAAUAAUAAUGAACAAAUUUUGGGGUUACAUAUUCGAGAUAUUGAAGAAGAUUCCCGUGUAGCAUAUGAAAUACUAAAAGAGUUAACUCAAAAAAAUUAUUUUAGAAUAUUUAAAGUUAACUUACAUGUUCCAUGCAAGCUUCAAAAAAUUAGUGAAAAAUGCAAUGAAAAGACAAAAUGUAGUGUUUGUGAAUGUACAGAAGAUGAAAUACCAUAUAAUUUUAGAACAAAUGAAGUUGAAAUAAUACAUGAUCAAUAUGCUCAAGAAGAUUUAAAAAAAACAUUUAUAGCUAGCAAAUUAUAUAAAGAUAUAUUAGGAACAUAUGUCCCUUCUGAUGAAGGGUUUUUAUCUUAUGUAGAUUUAAUUUAUAAUUCCCCUUCAUAUACUGCAUAUGAAGGGAAAAGCAUAUGGAAUCGAAUAUAUUUAGAAAAUUGCUUUCAAAAUGGAGAAAAUGCAUGUAAAGAAAUGAAUAAUUUUUAUAAAAUUAUAUCAGGAAUGCAAUCGAGUAUUGCAGCUUUAGCUUCAGAAUAUUAUUAUUUAAAAAAUGAUUUUGUUUUUGGUGAUAUGCAUACAGAUAAUACAAUUAAAAAUCAUUAUAUUAAAAAAAUCGACUAUGAUUAUAAUUUAUCUUUUUUUAAAGAAAAAAUUGCUCUAUAUCCUGAUAGAAUUGAAAAUUUAUAUUUUACAUUUGCCAUAUUAUUAAGAGCCUUAUGCCGAUUGAAGCCUCUUUUUAGCCAAUGCAAAUGCAAUUCAGGAAUUAAAGAAAAUGAUAAAGAUGCAUUCAAACUUUUAAACGAAUUUCUUGGAAAACAAUAUCACUCUUGUUCUUCUGAGGAAUUUCUUGAGCCUAUAUUUCCAACGCAUGGAAAAGAAAUUUUAUCAAAAUUUAUGAAUAUAACAAGUAUAUUGGAUUGCGUUCCUUGUAUUAAAUGCAAAUUACAUGGGAAGUUAAAAACAACAGCUUUGCAAAUAGCUUUAGUGGAAGGGGUAGGGGACGAACACAUUGGCUCCCUAGAAAGAAAUGAAGCAACUGCUUUAAUAAAUGCGAUUUAUCAUUUUGCUGAUUCGAUCUUAAUUAUUAAAAAGUUUGAAGAACGACUGAAAUUGAAGAAAACACUAUUUAUAUUUUAUUUAGUGUCCCUUAUAUUAUUCAUACUUCUACUAUUGCUCUCAAUCAUAUUUAUAAAUAUGAGAACCCUCCGAAAAAAAAAAAAAAAAUGCAAGCUGUAA